CGUCGCUGAUUGCCAGCCCGGCUCAGUUUCCAACUUCGUCAACAUCUCGCCGGUCGUACUGAAAACACUAGUACUAACAGUAAAUUACAAUCAUCUUAAGCUACACUACAUCCUAAAAUGUAGUAUCUGUAUCGCUCAAACACGAAAAGGACUUAAGAGAAAGAAAAAGAAAUGAAAACAAGCAACUAAAAGUCAGAAAUUCCGUCCGUCACAUCAGUGAGUGUGUGGUUGUCUUUAAAGACUCUCGAAAGAAAAUAGUUCGCGCUAAAAAGGAAGAAUAAGUUUGAAAGUUGUUUUUUUUUUAUAGAAACAGAAGCUCCCAGAUGUGCUCCAUGGUCGACUACGAGAUGUUCCUCCCGCACAGCCCCCCUGUCUUCAGCCACAGUCCUCCCACGGGCUUCCUCAGCGACCUAGCUUCGCUACCUCGCCUCCAAAAACCCUACAACUGCAGACAGCACUCGUUAACCAACUUCCACAAGUCCAUAGCAACCCUACCAACCUCACCGAAAAGACCCUGUCUGGUCAUCAGACCCAACGAAGACUCUUUUAGCUCAGGAGACGAAGAUCCUACCAGUCCUACCAAGCUCAAGAAAAAGGUCGUUUUUGCCGAUGAUAAAGGCAUGUCUUUGACUCAUGUGAGGGUUAUGACAGAACCUUCCAACGUACCUCCGCUAUGGAGCAUGAGGUUUCUUGCUGAAGUUACCAGAGGCGUCACCGCAGAACCGGAAGUUCAAAAAGAACCGUGGGAAAUCACGUUUGUUCAACCUGCUUCUGACUACGUGACAUUUAGGAAGAAACUGGACACGGAUAUGGUGUCCUUGGAGAACGUAAUCAUCAAGGAAACUGAAGACCAAAUAGUGGGGACAGUUAAAGUGAAAAACCUGGCUUUCCACAAAGAGGUGUUUGUGCGUUUGUCAACUGACAACUGGAAAACGCACGAAGAUGCUUUCUGUAACUUUGUACCGAACAACUUACCCUCUACGGGGACUUUUGUUGUUUUCGAUACGUUUUCUUUCAAGAUUAAUCUCCCUCCUCGAUCUAGACGUGUGGAGUUUUGCGUGUGCUUCCGAUGCGAAGGGAAGGAGUAUUGGGACAGUAAUUCCGGAGCAAAUUACGUUGUAGUAAAGAAGGCCGUGGCGCCGAUCCAUAGAUCUUUGUCUGACAACUCGCUGUUUGGGAAGAAAGUCGUUGAAAAUAUGAGGAACGGAAUUAGUAAGACUUCAAAGUGCCGCGAUGCCUCCCAAGCUAAGCUGGACUCUUGGGCAGACUUUGCUAGUUGGAAUCAUUUGGAGAACUCCACCCCGUACUGGUAGACGUCGAUGGAGACCCCAAAGUUUACGGGGAGGUCGAGAAACUAAGUUUUAUUUACACAGUUGCCGCUGAGAAAACUGACGUUUGACAAACUUCAUUCCGAAACGAGAAUCACGAAUGAAAAUCAACUA